UUAUUCACGCUAUUCAUAUUUGAAUUGAAAUGAACACCACUGCUCAUUGCUAACGUUGGCUCAGCAUGCAGAGCCACAGUGUUUGUGUGGAUCCACCUCUUCUGGAUGCAAAAGGAGCAGCUAUAAUUCCCUUCCCUGAGUUGAGGCACAAGGACUGGAAAGGUUGAGUCCAGAUGAGUCUGCGAAGAGAUAAAGAGAAGCAGUGCUGGGGGAUGUUGAGGUUCUCCAUUCCAUGGGAGAAACAAGAGCUGGAGAUAAGGCACAGAGGAGAGAAGGAAGGUAGAACUACAGAGUAUCUCAGGUGGGAAGGGACCCAGCAGGAUCGUCAGAUCCAACUCCCAGCUCCACUCAGGGCCUCUCACAGUGCAAACCCUAUGUCUGAGAGCAGUGUCCAAAUGCUCCCUCAGAUCAGGCAGGCUCAGUGCCAUUCCCGUUUCCAUGGGGAGCCAAGAGAGGUGUGGUGAGCAGGAGGCCCUCCCCACAGCCCUCCUCUCUGCUCACACUCCCUAUAAGUAGCAGGAUGCCAGCGCUGCCCUCAGCAGCACCCAGCUCCUCUCCUCCAGCUCUCUCCAGCCUCGCUCACAGCCCAGCUCGCCUCCAGCCAUGAGGUUCCUCUGCCUCGUCUUCGCCGUCCUCCUGCUGGUCUCCCUGGCCGCCCCAGGCUAUGGGCAGGUCCUGAAGUACUGCCCGAAGAUCGGCUACUGCUCCAGCAAGUGCUCCAAGGCAGAGGUCUGGGCCUACUCCCCCGACUGCAAGGUGCACUGCUGCGUGCCUGCCAACCAGAAGUGGAAAUAAGGGCUGAGGAGGAGCCCCUGGGGGAGAGGAGGCACGGUGGUGGCUUUGGGAGCAGCUUC